UAGAGGCACGGAGCCGCCACCGGAGCUCUCCCCGCGGGGGAGUGGGGAGUGGGGGCGCACAGGGCUCUGAGACGAUGGGACAGGACCAGACGAAGCAGCAGAUCGAGAAGGGGCUCCAGCUAUACCAGUCCAACCAGACCGAGAAGGCGCUGCAGGUGUGGACGAAGGUGUUGCAGAAGAGCUCGGACCCGGUGGGGCGCUUCCGGGUGCUGGGCUGCCUGGUCACAGCCCACUCGGAGAUGGGCCGCUACAAAGAGAUGCUCAAGUUUGCUGUGGUCCAGAUCGACACCGCCAGGGAGCUGGAGGACGCCGACUUCCUCCUGGAGAGCUACCUGAACCUGGCCCGCAGCAACGAGAAGCUGUGCGAGUUCCACAAGACCAUCUCCUACUGCAAGACCUGCCUCGGCCUGCCGGGCACCAGGGCAGGGGCCCAGCUCGGAGGUCAGGUCAGCCUGAGCAUGGGCAAUGCCUUCCUGGGCCUGAGCCUCUUCCAGAAAGCCCUGGAGAGCUUCGAGAAGGCCCUGCGCUACGCCCACAACAACGACGAUGCCAUGCUGGAGUGCCGCGUCUGCUGCAGCCUGGGCAGCUUCUACGCCCAGGUCAAGGACUACGAGAAAGCCCUGUUCUUCCCCUGCAAGGCCGCAGAGCUCGUCAAUGACUAUGGCAAAGGCUGGAGCCUCAAGUACCGGGCCAUGAGCCAGUACCACAUGGCCGUGGCGUAUCGCCUGCUGGGCCACCUGGGCAGUGCCAUGGAGUGUUGUGAGGAGUCUAUGAAGAUUGCGCUGCAGCACGGGGACCGGCCGCUGCAGGCGCUCUGCCUGCUCUGUUUUGCCGACAUCCACCGGAGCCGCGGGGACCUGGAGACGGCCUUCCCCAGGUACGACUCCGCCAUGAGCAUCAUGACCGAGAUCGGAAACCGCCUGGGCCAGGUGCACGUGCUGCUGGGUGUGGCCAAAUGCUGGGUGGCCAGGAAGGCCCCGGAUAAGGCUCUGGAUGCCAUCGAGAAAGCCCAGGACCUGGCCGAGGAGGUGGGCAACAAGCUGAGCCAGCUCAAGCUGCACUGUCUGAGCGAGGCCAUCUACCGCAGCAAGGGGCUGCAACGCGAGCUGCGCGCACACGUCGUGCGCUUCCACGAGUGCGUGGAGGAGACGGAGCUGUACUGCGGCCUCUGCGGCGAGUCCAUCGGCGAGAAGAACAGCCGGCUGCAGGCCCUGCCCUGCUCCCACAUCUUCCACCUCCGGUGCCUGCAGAACAACGGGACCCGGAGCUGCCCCAACUGCCGCCGCUCCUCCAUGAAGCCUGGCUUUGUGUGACCUCCGCGCCCUGCUCAUCCUGCACCAUCUCCCCGACUCCCGGCGCAUCCCCAGGGCAGCCAAGGCCCGGGCCCUGCCCGCUGCAGCUCCUCUGGACCCCACCGCCCUCCGUGCCUCUCU